CAACCAAACAGUUAGUUAAGACGGCAUCUUCUCAAAUGAAUCUCUCUUUUGUUCCCACUCAACAUACCUACCAGCUUCCACAUCCUUUACUAAUUCUUCAUAACUUUCAGCAAUAGCCAUGGCUAUGAUGGGUGAGACUGAGGUUGCAGCCAUGCAUUCUUCAACUUCCUUCUCAUUGAUCUCUGUCAAUUACCCUCUCAUUUCCGCCCUCGUUGCUUUCGCUCUUGCCCAAGGCAUCAAGUUCUUCACCACCUGGUUUAAGGAAAGAAGAUGGGAUAUGAAGCAAUUAGUAGCAUCUGGUGGAAUGCCAUCAUCUCAUUCAGCAGUUGUCACUGCUCUUGCAGCAGCCAUUGGGUUCCAAGAAGGCUUUGGAGGACCUCUUUUUGCAAUUGCCUUGGUCUUAGCUUGUAUUGUGAUGUAUGAUGCCACUGGUGUAAGGUUGCAAGCAGGACGCCAAGCAGAGGUUUUAAACCAAAUUGUGUAUGAACUCCCAGCUGAGCAUCCUCUGGCUGAAAGCAAACCGCUUCGCGAACUUCUUGGGCAUACACCUCUUCAGGUCAUUGCUGGUGGGUUACUUGGGCUCUUAACAGCAGCAAUUGGCCUUCUAGGAAGAGUGAUUACUAGUUAAAAUUGAGGCUUCUUUUCUUGACAUUCCUAACAGGUGCAAUUUCAGUUCAUUCCAUGCCAAUGGUACGCAAGUUGAACGCAUCAGCAUUUUCAUGCAGAAAUGCACUUCAACCUCUCAAGUCAGCAGUAGAAUUCAAAACAGAAUUUGUAGACUCCAGUGUUUGAUGCAAUGGAAGUAUCUAUCUCAUAGAAUCUUUUA